UACCAGUGCUGGCAGCAUUUGUGCAUCCCCAGACCAUACCACUGCCAACACCAGGCAAGCAACAAUCAUCUCGCUAUUGAUACAAUAAUGUUUGUGUGUCAAGCUGCACACUGACUACUCUGAAGUAUUUCCAAUUUUGCUUUCUAUAUACAACCAAGCAAUUGGAUUCAUUGUGAGCGUGUAGUCACGAGGUUUGCACGUGUCACAGCGGUGUCACAAACACCCGAAUGACUUUUUUUAUUUAUACAUCGCUCCUUUGUGACUCUUGGCGCCUUUAUGACUGGACGGUUUUGAUCCUUCUGGCGUCUCCCUCUCCUUUACUGACUUUUCUACAAUAAAGUCACAAUUCCCAAUAAAGCUAAAGUAUGGUCACUAAUUAGCAAACACCAGUAUGGAUAACAAGGAGGAAAGGAUCUCUGAAAACACAGACAGGAGGGAGUUUUCCAACGCGGCCAAAGCAGACUAUCCAAGGAGGCCACAUCAGCAAUGGCAUCAGGGCAAGACUACAGAGGGUGGCCACCACAGACCGGGUGGCCUCAAGCGGGCCCUCUACUACAGCGAGAACACCAACAGGGAGCUGGCGGCCCAAAACGUGGCCUUGAGGGAGCAGAUGGACAGCGACCGCAGACGACAUCACGAGGACAGGCAGAAGCUUCACAAGGCUCUGGACGAAGCUCGGACCGGACGCACCACGCCGGAGAUGGAACAAAAGCUGCGGGAAAAGGAAAACGAGAUGAGCACCCUGAAGAACGCGCUGGCUGUGGCUCAGGCGGAAGCGGUGCAGGCCCGGAAGUACUGGAUGGAGGAGCACGAGCUGCUGAAGGCCAGGGAGGACGGCUCUGAGAGCAUGGUGGCGGCGGUGAACGCCGAGUGGCAGCAGUGCUGGCUGCUGCGCGAGCAGGAGACGGCGGCCCAGCUGCAGGCUCAGUGGGAGAACAUGCAGUGGCAGAUCGAGGAGAUGGAGGCCCUUUUCAACUCCAAGCUGGAGAACAUGCAGAGACACAGCAUGGACACCACUGACUACUUCAAGACGGAGAUGGAGCGCCUGCAGUGGCACAUGGGCUGCAGCAUGCAGGAGAAGGACGAGAUCGUGGCAAAGCUGACCAAUGAGAACUGCAUCCUCGUCGCGGAGAACGGCGCCGUGUCCGGCCAGCUUCUCAAACUCGAAGAAGAGACGGCGGAGCUGCAACGACGACUCUACUCUCUGACGGAGGACCUGAAAGGGAAGCAGGACGCCAAGAAGGCUGCUGUUGGCGAGGAGCCGCCCGCAGCUGCAACCUCCACCAAGGAGAGUGACCAGGAGCUCCAAGAGGCUGUGGAGCUGGAGUUAAAUCAGGACGAGGUGAGCAACCUCCAGGUCUCUCUGGAAGCAUCCAGGAAGGAAAUAGCCAAUGUCAGGAAGUACUGGAUGGAGGAGUGUGAGCAGCUCAGAAAGACGGCGGCAGAGAACACCAAAAAAACGGUCGCCACCAUCGACGCGGAGUGGCAGCUUUUUAAAAGCGAGUGGGAGCGCAUGCAGACGCACAUGAGGCAGACCUUGCAGGGGAAGGACGACCUGCUUGCCAAACUGCAGCAGGAAAACUCUUUACUGGCGGCACAGAACAUGAAGAUGACAUCACAAAUGCAAAAUUGUCAACUAAAAGACACGGAGGAGCUGCGGAAAGAUGUGUCGGAGGGUCAGUCGAAAGCUGAAGAAGCGCUCCAAACAAGCAUUUUGUAAACAGUCUGCAAAAAUAUUUUGGUUUUUGAAAACUGGUCAAGAAAACUCUUGAGGUCAUACGAACGCAAAAUAUCUCAGUUGGGACCGCCAUCUUGUUUGUCUUGUUAGUCCACUUCAGCUCAGUGAGCGGCGAAAACACUUUUUUUGUUUGUGUGAUGCAAUCACAGAAGUGUGCCAGUGAUGUCACAGAGGACAUGUGUGAUGAUAACCAUUGUCCCAUUGCUGUCCUGAACACUCAGUACAAUAUGACCGAGUCAAUGAAAAUUCAGCCUUUCGCUAAUAUAAUCAAAGGAUAAGCAGAGAUUGUGUUUCGAAGAAAAACAUUAUUAUCACUGUUAAAUGUUACUUUAAAUAAGUGCUUCUCAAUUAUUUUUUGUUAUGGCCCCCACUCUCUGCCAGGACUAUACGGUAUUUGUCUAUAAAAAUGUUACAAGUACACCUCUGCCUAACAUUGUAUUCUUAGCAAUAUUAUAGAAAACAAAGAAAUAUAGAAAAAUAAUAAAUGUAUUAACAUUGUUUUUAGUGUGUUACAGAAAAUAUUUAUAGUGCAUCAAUUUGUCGGAUAUUCAAAAAAAUCAACUAAAUAUUUAAACUUGAACCAUUUGAUAUCAUUUGAUGAUGAAAAACAAAAUUAAACUCAAUAAAUGACAAAAAAAUAAAAUUGUUCAGCAAUUAUAAAACACUUUAAUCCCCCAAAAAAUAAUUUCUGCUGGUUUUUGUUUUUAGUUUUUUUUUUUAUCAAAAUGAGAAAUUUGUAUUUAAUGGCUACAAUGAGCUUUUUAACACAACCCCCCGGCAUCGCACUUCCCCCCCCAGGGGGUCCGCCCUACUAUUUGAAAAGAACUGCUUUAAACGUUGCCAAUACAUACAUACUGUAUGUAGAUGGCAUUAUUUCCUCAGGUUCCCCUAAACUUGUGUAAACAUUUUUUGUGAAAUAUGCCUAAAACCAUGGAGUCUUUACCGCCAUCUAGAUUGAUAAUAAUCACCGAUCUGUAAAUUGAACGCACUGCGAUGCAGCAUAGUGUAGCAACUAGAGUGUUUAACUAAUGUGUUUUCAAAAAUGUUUAUGUUUGUAUGACCGUUAAAAAUACAGAAAUGUUAUUGAAAACUUAAGCACACAGUGUACGCAACCCUGGUGGCAACAGUUAACCAUUUCCAUGAUCUGCUGUGGGUUAUGCAACUUUAAAUUGGUACAGAAGCGCAAAAUUCAAACAGCCAUCUUUGUGAUUUUUUCCUCCAUAGAAAGAUACCAAUUGAGGCAAAAAGUGUAAUGACAACCACAUCCAUACAUGGAAUUUACUACAAUGCAGCGAUACCAUAGCAAACACAGCAGGCUAGUAUAACAUGACAAUAUGAAAAUGCUACUUCCAACAUUGCCCAUGCAUACAAAUACAACAUAUGAAAAUGCUACUUCCAACAUUGCCCAUGCAUACAAAUACAAACACUGGCAACCAUAGUUUCACUCUGGAACGGACCACUUCAUUAUUUCCUAUCACAAAAUGUUGACUGGGGUUGAGCCGAGAGUUUCCACUGUUAAGUCAAGAGUAUGUUACAGGAAAAGUUGCAAUAGGUAAAAAAAAAUUAUUGAGUCAUGUCUUUAAAUUUCUUUAAAAUGGAUGUCUAUUACUCAGUGAA